GGACAAAACGCCCACCGCUGCAGCGCUGUGCGCUCUGAUUUACGGGGAAAUAGCAGCAAAACCAGGUGUAUUUCUCGGGACUGAACGUUGGUCUGGAACGCCGCAAAUCUGCACAUUCAGAGCUGAAUCGAAGGAAAGAAGAUGUCGGCAGUUUAUAAAGAAGACCAGGAAGACUGGCUGACUGUGUGUCUGAAGUACAUGCUUUUUGUUUUCAACUUCCUCUUCUGGAUGGGUGGAGCUGCUGUCUUGGGUGUAGGAGUCUGGACACUUGUGGAGAAGAGCGACUACCUGAGUCUGCUGGCCUCCAGCACGUUUGCUGUCUCGGCAUAUAUCCUCAUCCUGGCUGGCAGCCUGGUGGUUGUUACGGGCUUUUUGGGCUGUUGUGCUGUCAUCCGGGAACAGAGAAGCUGUCUAUCCACGUAUUUCUUUUUCCUGCUGUUGAUCUUCUUGAUUGAACUUGUGGCUGGAGUGCUGGCAUACGUGUACUACCAGAGGCUGAGUGAGGAGCUGAAGCAGCAUCUCAACCACACUAUGACAGAGAACUACGCUCAGCCAGGGAAGCAGGCUAUCACAUUAGCUGUGGACAGACUCCAGCAGGAUUUCAAGUGCUGUGGCAGCAACAACUACAAUGACUGGACGCAGAGCGUGUACGUGUCAUUAGGGCAGGCAGACGGCCGGGUGGUGCCUGACAGCUGCUGUAAGACCAUCACCCCUCACUGUGGCAGGAGAGACCACCCCUCCAACAUCUACAAGGUGGAGGGUGGUUGCAUAACUAAACUGGAGCAGUUCCUGGCGGACCACCUCCUGGUCAUCGGUGCCGUGGGCAUAGGAGUAGCCUGCCUGCAGAUCUGCGGGAUGGUGUUCACCUGCUGCUUGUACAGAAGGAUCAAGAUGGAGCCGUACUGAGCACACCAGGCCUCCAACACAACGUCUUCAACAGGCAGAUGGAACGUGGCUUGCUGACAACUAACUUUGACCUCUGAAUUUUGACCUUCUAAUUUAAGCCUCGUGCACAUACAUGGCUCCGAUCACCGACCUUACAGUCAGAAACAAAUAUUUUUGUAAACUCACAUGCAGGCUAGUGAAUUUCUGUUAUUUGACUGUGAUCUAGGCUAAAUGCGAUUAGAUCACAGCUGAGGUUUAGGCCUUGUCCACAUGUACUUUGGCAUUUUUCAAAAAACAUUUUUUUCCCCGAUGUGUUCUGCCUUUUGAAGUAGAGUGUCCCUCCCACUGUGUCCUUCUGGCUGAUGGUGCUAACAUUGCUAACAGCGCUUUAUACAUGUUUAAUGACACAUGUACAGUUACUGUUGCCCUACAUGUAGGAUAUAGAGGAACAGAGAAAUCAAAAUUAGUCCAUACAUGUAUACUUGGUAAAUGUUCUGCACCUAAAUGGAGCUUUUUGAACAUUAGCUAGGUUCUGCUAAGUGCCUCAUAAUAGCUGUGCCUAAAUUUAGGGGCUGCAUCCCUUGAAGGCCUUCAUGAAAUGCAAAAAUUAAAUCAAACAUUUCUAAAUUUGAUGGUUUGGCCUAUGAAGGACUUCCCACAGCUCAACACCUGUCACCUAGCAACAUUGACAGCCGAAGCUGACAGCUGGGACAAAAGCUGAGACUUCAGUUGUUUUGUCCACCAAAUUGUCAGAAAUGCAACCUGUGUGCAAUGAAUCGUGGAAAAAGACGAAUCCACCCUUUUGAAUCCUUGGCAACCUUGGAAGAGAAGGACACAUUUACUUCCAUUUGAAGGAGUCUUUGAAAU